AUGAUAAGGCCCCCUCAUAUGCCCGUCACUGAGUAUCACAGAGACCAAAUGCAAUUGUUAGCCAUGGAUCGCUCCCGGCGCUCACGACGGACCCAGAAUGCAUGCCAACGAUGCCGCUCGCGCAAGGUCAAAUGCUCCGGUAUCCAGCCGUGCGAGCAUUGUCGCAGGCGGGGGCAGGAUUGUGUGUUUGAUGAGGAUCGGAAGAUUGUGAUUUCGGAGGGGUUGUUUCUGUCGAUGAAGCGAAAAUUGGAGGAACGCGGUGACAAUGCGACAAUCGAGCAUAAGCGGACUCGGUUGUUGGAUAGUUCAGAACCAGCAGAAUCAAGGACAGAAACCACCGAAGCACGACAAUCCGAAGAACGAUUUGUCUCGAACCCGCUCGUGUCAGCCUCAUAUCUGAAACAUAAUGGACAGACACAACGCGCAUGGUUAUGUCUCGGCCCGACAUCAACGUGGUCUUUCAGCCGUCGCGUCCUAAGCAUCAUCCAAACCCGCGUCCACCCCGAUAGCAACACACCGAUUCCCCUCGCCGUUGACGGCGAUGCAUACCAAAUACAUUGGGGUCACGCGAGCUCAAACGAACCGCCGGAUAUCAGCGGCCUGCCAUCCAUCGACUAUGCGCUGUAUAUGCUGAGUACCGUCAAGUUCCAUUUGAGCCCGAUGUAUCGAUUCUUUGACGAGAAGGAGUUUCUGUGCAAUCUCUACGAGUUUUACGACAAUGCUCCCGUGAAGGCGCAAGAGUCGCGACUCUGGUAUAUACAGUUUCUGAUGGUUUUGGCGUUUGGAGAGGCGUUUCUGACGCCUGUAAGGACGGCAGAGAAUACGGAGAACUGGACGCGGUUUUUCACUAGGGCCAUGUCGUUACUGCCGGAUAUUACGGGGUUGUGGCGGGAUCCGAUACUGGCGAUUGAGGUGCUUGCGUUGAUCGCGCUGUACUUCCAUUCGGUGGAUAUUAGAGAUACUGCUUAUUGCUAUGUAAGUGUACCGAAACCUUUACGUUAG